AUGGCGUUCGUCGGCGACGACGGGUACGAUUACGAUCGUGAGCGAUAUGGUCGCGGCCGCUCGCCAAGAGGCUACUACGGUGAGUACCAGCGUACACAGCAUCUGGACCCAAGACCUGGCUCAGGAUUACAGCGAACACGAUCCCAUGGCCACCAACCGGCGCCGAACAUUUAUAUCUACAACGAUCAAAUUCAAGAUGCUCAGCAACGGACGAGCUCACCGUACCCACAAGCACCUCCACCACCUCCGCCAGCGCCACAAGCUAUGCCUGGUGGGUACCCGGCUCCACCUCAAGUCGUAUCUAUGCAAUACGCGGCAGCACCUCCUCCACCGCCUCAGGUGAUUCAGGUACCAUACCCGGCAUCUCCAGACUACCGAGGUCGCAGCAGGCUUGGAGACGAGCUGGUAGAGGACUUUGCUGAGAUCGCGAUACACGAUAGAAUGCGGUCGCGAUCGCGUGGGAGAUCCGAUGUCGGCCGUGAUCGUGGAGACUACUACCAGUGGGAAUUAGAGCGGAGGGAGCGAGAGCUAGAGGAGGAGAAGCGGAAGGUGUAUGCAGAGAAGGAGUGGGAGCUACGGAAGAUGCGUGAGGAGCAAAAGCGUCGCAGGAAGGACGACGAUGAGGAGGCUGAGGAGAAGCGCAUAGUCGCCGAGUACGAAGCCAAGCAGCGCAAGAAGGCUGCUGAUGCGAAAGAAGCCGAGAUCAGGCUAAGAGAGAGGCUUGAUCGCGAGAAGAAGGAGAAGAAAGAAGACGAAGAUCGCAUGAAGGCGAAAUUCAAGCAAGACGAAGAUGACGCCAAGAAGAGGGAGAAGGAGGCAUGGGAGGAAUUUGAGCGCAAGCGCAAGGCGAAAGAAGACAAGGAGAAGGCGGAGAAGAAAGCCGAAAAGGACAGGUUCGAGCACGAGAUGCGGAAGCGUCUCGAAUCUUUCGGCGUCUACAGCCAAGCGCAGAUCGAUUACAUGGUCGAUGAAGAGAAGCAGAAACAAGUCGACAAGGAUCGCAAUCGGUCGAGAUCGCGAGUGCGAGUCACGACGACGACCGAUGAGCUGGAGAUCUGGAAACCGUCACGACCUGUCUACCCGAAGAUCCAUCGGGAUUAUAUUGAGAUCGAGACGUUGAUCUACUAUGGUGUGCCGUACGAGUUCGAUCGUGACACGAACUACAUCAUUCUCAAGCGCGAGAUGAGUAAGUACGAGACUGAUGUGCUGUUUGAGCAUACUCGCCGCAUCCGUUCUGGUGAUCGUACGCUUCUGAUCGAGGAGCCGAAGAAGGAUAAGAAUUAUGCUUGGUAUAGGAAGCGUGAUCGCAGUUCGAGUCGGGUUAGGAAGGUAGGUAUCUUGGAGGUCAGGAAGGUGGUCUGA